GACUCAUUUAUCCUUGCAGGUUUACUACCUUAACAACGGGUUUUAGGAAAAACUCUUUAUCCUUGCAGGAGAAGAUGCUCACUUGCUCCUGCUCUGAGAAUUGCAUCCUGCACACCUCUGGGCAAAUUUGGGGAGGGCGUGGGGUGCACACAUAGGGGGAAGCAGUUCUGUUGCACAAGUGUAACUCUUUGUGUUAUGCCAUCCCGCUGAUGAAAGCCAACUGUCACCUUUGUUGCUGAAGUUUCCUCUUGCCCAACCAAGGGCUGUGCUCACCUCUCUCUCUAACUGAGGGUUUAAAUCUUGGCCCAGAUCAGCCACAGCAUCCAGACUCUUCUGCUAGCUGCAUCAGGAACAGCACCAUGAAAGCCAGGCUCUUCCUCGUCUUCUUCCUCAUGGGCCUCCUCACCAUCUGUGUUGAGCUGCCGUCUGCAGCUGGACAACAAGUGCAUUCUGGACAGUGUCCUCCGAUUAAAGGCCCUGGCACAUGUGCAAUCUCCUGUCAGAGUGAUGAGUCUUGCGGCCCUGGGAGCAAGUGUUGUGGUACAGGCUGUGGAUUUGCAUGCAAAAGAGUCGCUGAAGUGCACCCUGGACGGUGUCCCCGGCCCACUGGAGGUGGGGUCUGCGCAGAACUCUGUAAGGGUGAUGCCUCUUGCUCACCUGGGGAGAAGUGUUGCAGCAAUGGCUGUGGCCACCAAUGCAUGAGAGCUAUUAAAGGGUAACUUGGACUCCAGAGUGGAUGAGCCCCUCCGUGAGACUCCUCACCUUGAACAGGCACCGCAGCCGACUUCUCUCUGGCUUCCUUGGGAGCAGAAGACUGUACAGUGGCCUGAAACCCUAGGCUCACCCAAUAAAAAUGAUAUGAGUUUCCCAUGAA